AUGGUGCGCAGCAUUUUUUCACAACGUUACAAUUAUGCAAAAAUACGUGUCAACGAGGCGCUGGAUGAUGUCUUUCGGCGCAUACCGAUUUUUCCGAAAAUCGCAAAGCUGCCCAAGUUGAAACGCACCUACUACAUUGCGACGCCCAAACCGAUGGUUGAGAAGAAGAACAAGAUGAAGCUGAAGCACAAGAAAUUGCUGCCCUCCGCCGAUUGGUAUGACAGUGAUUUCAUACCGAUGACAACGCGCUAUGAACUGGAAAUGAUUUUAGAUACGACGCUUAUGGAGCGUCAUUCGGGUCAUAACUCGAAGGGUACAUUCAGUCAUGUCUAUUGGAAGGCCGCCGAAGCGGAUGAGAUGCCAGCAAGCAUCACAGCGGACUCAACGCUCGUGAAUGCCGACGCUAGCACCAGCAACAACGACAAGGAAGCGAUGAUUAAACGUCAAUUACUCAAUAGCAAAUCGCCUUCGAUAGCGCCGCAACCACUCGCUGCGGCAGUCCCAAACGCAACCGAUUCCCCAACAAAGCCGACAACAACUCUAAUGUCCCACAAUUACAACACCACCAAAAAGGAGCAAGCUGAAUCGCCAACCAAAAAGUAUGCUUAUGAAGCACCGAGAAGUCUUGCAGCCACCAGAGAAUCGCAUGAUUUUGAAUUUGCCGUGCCCGAGUUGAAUAAGCGUCGACGCAAUAAGCAUCUAGAGAAGAGCUACGAAUGCGAACAGUGUCACAAGAAGUUCGAUCGUCCUUGGGUGUUGCACGGUCACAUGCGUUUACAUACCGGUGAGAAGCCGUUCGUGUGUCCGGUGGAGUCGUGCCAAAAGCGCUUCGCUGAUCGCUCAAAUCUGCGCGCUCAUCAACGCACCAAAGGUCAUCACAAUUGGAGUUAUCAGUGUCCACAAUGCACCAAGGCUUUUAGUCAGGAGAACUAUCUGAGUCGCCAUAGCCUAGAGGCUUGUCGUAAAUUCUUAGCCUCGCAUCGGAAUGGUUGAGUCGUGCGUAAUUCGAAUUCUUCUCAAUAUAUUAGUUAUAUGAUUUGUCUCUUAUUGCAAUAUUUUAACUGAGCAUUUAGAGUAUAUACAUAUAUAUAUGUAUACUCGUCUAUAUAUGGAUAAAAACAGGUUUCCUGUGAAAGACACUAACGGUUUAGAUUUGAGGUAGUUUUUAGUGAUUUAUCUUUUUAGUAAUUGUAUUCAUCUUUAUAUGUAUGCAUGUGUGUGCAUGAAAAUUUUUCUGAAUUUCCAACUAUUUGAAAUUAUUUAAAAGCCAAA